UGGUUUUACCUAUACUGAACUGUUUCCAAUGCAACUCUUUAAAUGAGUCAAACUCUCUCCAUUUCCUACACCAACUCCUCUCUCCCCUUCUUGUUCUUACAAUCAGUCCCACCAUUGAAAAAUUGAUUCAAGCAUCAAAUCCUUGUCUCCUCAGAUUCCAUCGUUGCCUUCUUUUUUCCUCUCAGUUCGUCGGAUCUCUUCUGUUUGUGGUCUUUAUUUGUCACUGUGCGUACUGAGUGUGUUCCUUUGUAUCUGUUCUUGUUUGUAAUAUAUAUUUUGUUGAUUCAGUUAGGUGGGGCUGCUCACCAUCUUUUGUCAGUAUUCUCCGUGCUAUACUCCCUCAAUCUCCCCGAUCCUGACAGAUAAGGGAAUAGAAGCCAAGAAUAAAUAAAUUCAUCCCACCUUAAAAAGGAACAGCACACAACAUAGAACAAGGAAUCAGAUCGAAGAACCAGAAACCUUCCUCUAUAUAUCUCCUCCCUUUUCUUUCAGACAGAAAAGCUCUAAUCUUUCCUCUCGUUUGUUAGAGAUGAAGACAAUCAUGGCAAGAAACCCCCACGACUCCUUCUCCUUCUCCAGGAGAUACUUCCACUGGAAAAAGAAGGUUGUUGAAGAUGAAGACGACGACAUGGAAGAAAUCCUGAACUUCGACUCCUCGAAAUCUGAAGAAAAGGUGAAAUCCGAGGAGGUAAUAAGUUUCCCACUGCAGCAUUCACUCUCCACGGGCUCAGGGGGAGCGCCUCCAAGAAAGAAGCUUUCAGUUGUGGCGGUUUCGAAGUUGAGAUCGGCCCUGGCUAUAGGCAGGGCCCGAAACCAUUUCUCCUCGGGCCUGGGGACUAAAGUUGUGGGGACCCUUUUCGGGCACAGGCGCGGCCAUGUCCAUUUCGCAUUCCAAGAAGAUUUCAAACUGAAUCCAGCGUUUCUAGUGGAACUGGCGACCCCGACAAGCGUUCUUGUUAAGGAAAUGGCAUCCGGGCUGGUCAGAAUCGCAUUGGAAUGCGACAAGAAGGUUGAGAAGAAAGGGUUUAAGCUUCUGGAAGAGCCCAUUUGGAGGACUUACUGCAACGGGAAGAAGUGUGGGUAUGCAAUGAGGAGGGACUGCGGGCCCGAGGAGUGGAGCGUUUUGAACUCCAUAGGCCCGAUUUCAAUGGGGGCAGGGGUGCUGCCCGGAACAGGAAACGGGACGGAAUCGGACGGGGAGAUGAUGUACAUGAGGGCCAAAUUUGAGAGGGUUGUGGGCAGCAAAGAUUCAGAGGCUUUUUACAUGAUGAAUCCUGAUGGAAAUGGAGGCCCUGAACUCAGCAUCUAUUUGCUCAGAGUUUAAUAAGUUUUUACAUCAUAGUUUUACUUAAGUUUCUUUUGAUCUAUUACAGCCUCGGUGUUAAUGUUUAGAGUUAGUUUUCGUGAUGAAUGAUGAAGCCAAGAAUUGUACGGAGAGAAAUGAAGUCAAAAUUUUACUGGUUA